UUUAUUUAUGUCGAAGUUUCAGAAGAGAGUAUUCGAAACGGUUUGUCAAAAGAUCAUAAAACUGGGAGUGGCUGAUUGUGUGAUCAUUCAUAAAUUGUACUGCUAUACCGAUUGCACGUGGUUUCGUAUACUACUGUGUUUACAUGUCAUUAAAACAUAGUGUGUCUACAACGUUGUCUCACGGUGUCUACAAACGAGUUGUAUGUUCUUUAAGCCAGUGUUUUCCGUAAACACACCAGAAAUAUUUUGGGCAACUGUGUGUUGGUUAUAGGCAGAGUGAUUCGACAUGUCGACCGGCGACAUUCCUCUAGCAUCUUCAUUUGACAAGAAGAACGGACAGGGUGUGUUGAAUUACCACACCGGGGAUGACGGUGUUGAGGAUGGUGUUAAACACCCGUACGUAGCGUACAGGAGCCGGUGGUAUGUGAUUGCAACACUCGCUGCUCUCAACUUUUCCAAUGCUAUGGCAUGGAUCUGUUUUGCAGCAAUCACCAACAUAACAGCUGUGUACUACAAUGUAACCCCAGAUGAUGUUAACUGGUUAUCUCUAAUAUACCUGAUAGUUACAGUACCCUUUGGAUUCCUCGCUAGUUGGGUAUUAGACACGUUCGGCAUCCGCACUGGAAUGCUUAUAGGUUCUUGGGUGAAUCUUCUUGGAAUCAUUUUAAGAUUCUUCAGCACCCUUCCUGCAGUUCCAGAGGAUAGUCGCUUCACCGUGGUUAUGUGUGGCCAGGGUUUGGCAGCCCUGGCCCAGCCGUUUCUCCUGUUUACACCGACCAAGCUUGCUGCAGUGUGGUUUCCAGAUAACCAGCGAGCCUUUGCAAACACGUUGGGUUCAAUGUCCCACCCGCUAGGCAUUCUAGCGUCAUUUUUACUGUCUUCCUUAAUCGUGUCGAAGCCUGCAGAUAUACCAACAAUGCUAUGGGUGUACACCAUACCGGCAGCAGUAGCAUGUGCGAUGUGUACUUUGGGUGUGUGUCAGAGUGCACCGCCUACCCCACCCUCAGCGAGUGCAGCGGGAGAUCAUGAAACAUUUCUGGCUGGACUCCAAAAGUGCAUUGAAAAUCUGCCUUUUAUGCUACUCAUGCUAACAUUUGGAGGUGGAUAUGGAUUGUUUAACGGUCUGAGUACCUUCCUAGAACAGAUCGUUUGUCCAAUCGGCUACAAUGAUAAUUUCGCUGGUUUGGUAGGCGGUCUUAUGAUAGCUUUUGGACUGGUUGGUGCUGUGGCGUCUGGGCUGAUUGUGGAUCGAACCAAAGCCUUCACUCCAGUUACUAAGAUUUCAUUCACAUUUGCUGUUCUUUUUGGUAUUGUUAUGACAGUGUUUACACACUUUGCAUAUAUGGGUAUCGGCGUUGCUGUGGGUGCUAUUGGAUUUGGGUUAUUUGGUUUCGCGCUCUUUCCUAUUGCCUUGGAACUUGGAGUGGAAUGCACAUACCCGGUAGCAGAGGGAACCAGCGCAGGUCUACUUCAGAUAUCAGGGCAAUUUCAAGGCAUCAUUCUUAUCUUGGUUGGUCAGUAUCUUGCCCAGCCUCUCAACAUAGACGAGGUGCCUGCCCAGCAGUGUAUUCCCGUUGACGGACCACAGUCAGAAGUCACUAUGACACCACUGACAUUCGCUGACAAUGUCACCUACAUGUCAACAAUGGAGACGACAGAAAGUAUGUCAACAAACGAGACAACAGAAAGUACACCUAUUUAUAUACAGCAUAUGACAGUACCCAUGUAUGUGUUCUGUGGCUAUGCUCUGGUUUCUUGCUUGCUACUGGUCAUCUUCUUCAAGACAAGAUACAGAAGAAUAGAAGCUGAGCAGGGUGCUAAAGAGUAGGUUUUCAGUCACAUCAAUUCCCUCACUCCAAGGGACGGUGCAUCCCUUAUAAUAUCUAAGCUUUAAAAUUAAGACAUUUGUACUCAUUGAGGUUAAAAUGAAGCUGCAACAGCUUGUAUCUUGCCCUUUGGUGCUGUGAGUUUGGAGGAAGUUAUGGUUUAGUUGUCAUAAUAAAACUUGUUUGUAAUCCAUCUAUAGUUUUUGCCAUACACUGCCCAUCUUCAGCCAGACUGGAUAUAGUAAAAUAAACAUCUAAGUUUUGUAUAAGAUUUGUAAAAACCAAAAUGAACAUUCUUGAUUCCUGAUGCAAGCUUUACAUCUAUUAGAUUUGUAGUUGUUAUAUAAAAUCUGUAUAAACGAUUGUGAUUUAAUUUAAUAGAUAAAGUUACUAAGUUACUUCAAAGGUGUCAUCAUUACAGAUGCCAUACGGCAACAUCAUGCGCCUGCAUAUCAGUUCAGUCGGUUUGUUCAAAUGCAGCCAGUGUGCCCAAUGUCAUGCAGAAGGAACGAAAUACCACGGUAAGCAGCGCUAGAGGCUAUCAAGGAUGUUCCCCUAUACUGUGUCUUUCUUUGCUUGUCUCUUGCCAUCCACCG